AUGAAGCCCCAUCAUUGUCAGCAAUGUGAGAAAAGAUUUACCCGGCCAAGUCAUCUCAAAAAGCAUAUACGGACACAUACCAAUGAGAAGCCUUAUCAUUGUGAGCAAUGUGGUAAGAGUUUCUCCCAUUCAAGUAUUCUCAAACAGCAUAUGGGAACACAUACCAAUGAGAAGCCUUAUCAUUGUCAUCAAUGUUGGAAGACUUUCACUCGGUCAAGUCAUCUCAAACGGCAUAUAAGAACACAUACCAAUGAGAAGCCUUAUCAUUGUCAGCAAUGUUGGAAGACUUUCACUCGGUCAAGUCAUCUCAAACGGCAUAUAAGAACACAUACAAAUGAGAAGCCUUAUCAUUGUCAGCAAUGUGAGAUGAGUUUCACUCAGUCAAGUAAUCUCAAACAGCAUAUAAGAACACAUACCAAUGAGAAGCCUUAUCACUGUGAGCAAUGUGGGAAGAGUUUCCCCCAUUCAAGUACUCUCAAACAGCAUAUAAGAACACAUACAAAUGAGAAGCCUUAUCAUUGUCAGCAAUGUGAGAAGAGUUUCACUUGUUCAAGUAAUCUCAAACAGCAUAUACGGACACAUACCAAUGAGAAGCCUUACCACUGUGAGCAAUGUGGGAAGAGUUUCUCCCAUUCAAGUACUCUCAAACGGCAUAUAAGAACACAUACCAAUGAGAAGCCUUAUCAUUGUCAUCAAUGUUGGAAGACUUUCACUCGGCCAAGUCAUCUCAAAGGGCAUAUAAGAACACAUACCAAUGAGAAACCUGAUCAUUGUGUACAGUAUGAGAAGAGUGUUGAUUAUUCUAGUGCUCUCGAACUGCAUAUGCGAACUCCAUACAGUACCAUAAAAACGAGACAUCAAACUCAACUUGGAAAUUGCACUUACAUACCCGCAGCUUCAUAUAGUCCAAAUGUUACUGACAUACCUAAUUCAGUAAGUCAGUUUUACUGUCAUCAUUGUGAGUGUAUUUAUAGUCAGAUAUCUCGUCAAAGACAUUUAUUAAUUGUUCAUAGAGGGGAGAAAUAUACAUAUAGAUGGGAAACAAUGAAUGAUAAAAAACAGUUGACUGUCAUACGUAACAGAUAUGAGCAUUUAAGCGAAGGGGAGCAGAAACAAUUGUUUAUUGUGCAUGCUGUUUUCAUUGUUGAGAAGAGAAGUCAUGAAGCCGUGGAAGAAUUCAGAUUAUGCAGCCAUGGUUGA